AUGCUGCUUCCGAGAUGGUUUGCAGAAGCAAUCUUGCUCCUAAUUUCAAUUCUUGCGUCUACAAACGCUGCAUUCAUCGGUGUGAACAUCGGGACUGAUCUUACCAACAUGCCAUCGCCUUCAGACAUUGUAACGCUUCUCAAAUCACGACAAAUCACACACGUUCGUCUCUAUGAUGCUAAUAGCCAUAUGCUCAAAGCAUUUGCCAACACCAGUAUCGAAGUAAUGGUCGGUGUAACCAAUGAAGAAAUCCUCAAAAUCGGACGGUUUCCUUCAGCAGCAGCUUUAUGGGUUAACAAGAACGUAGCUGCUUAUAUUCCUUCGACUAACAUAACCGCCAUUGCUGUUGGUAGCGAAGUUCUCACCGCAACUCCUCACGUGGCUCCGAUUCUUGCCUCGGCUCUCAACAACAUUCACAAGGCUCUUGUGGCUUCCAAUCUCAACUUUCAGGUCAAAGUUUCGAGCCCGAUGUCUAUGGAUAUAAUGCCUAAACCGUUUCCUCCAUCUACAUCGACCUUUAGCCCGUCGUGGAACACUACAGUUUAUCAGCUUCUCCAGUUUUUGAAGAACACCGGUUCUUAUUUCAUGUUAAACGCGUAUCCUUACUACGGUUACACAACCGCAAACGGGAUUUUCCCGCUUGAUUACGCAUUGUUCAAGCAGCUGUCUUCGGUGAAGCAGAUUGUUGACCCCAACACGCUUUUACAUUACAACAGCAUGUUUGAUGCUAUGGUUGAUGCUGCUUAUUACUCCAUGGAAGCUUUGAAUUUCUCCAAGAUUCCGGUCGUUGUCACGGAAACAGGCUGGCCUUCAUUCGGUGGAAGCGAUGAAGCAGCUGCAACCGUAGAAAACGCAGAGACAUUCAACAACAAUUUGAUCAAACGCGUGUUCAACAACUCGGGUCCUCCUAGCCAACCAGACAUGCCGAUUAACACAUACAUCUACGAGCUCUACAACGAAGACAAGCGGUCUGGACCAGUCUCCGAAAGAAACUGGGGGAUUUUGUUUCCGAAUGGGACAUCGGUCUAUCCUCUAAGCUUAAGCGGGGGCUCUGAAUCUGCAGCUCUAAACGGUUCAUUGUUGUUCUGCGUAGCUAAAGCAGAUGCUGAUGAUGAUAAGUUGCAGGAUGGUUUGAAUUGGGCGUGUGGUCAAGGCCGAGCUAACUGCGCCGCGAUUCAACCUGGCCAACCGUGCUUUCUCCCUAACGAUAUCAAGAGCCACGCUUCUUUUGCUUACAAUGACUAUUACCAGAAGAUGAAAAGUGCAGGUGGAACUUGUGACUUCGAUGGUACAGCCAUCACUACGACUAGAGAUCCUAGCUAUAGAACAUGUGCAUAUACUGGAAGCGCAAACGCAAACGCAAACGCAACUGGAGGAAACUUUACUCCUGCGUUAGGACCUGUAAGUCCAUUGGGAGGGAACGCAAACGCACUAAUCAUCUCCAUCUACCAUCUUUCCUUCUUGGCACCAUUAGCUCUCACACUACUGUUACUUCAGCCAGACCGCCUUUUCUAG